AUGGCCGCCCCUAUAGCCCCCUCAAAGCUUCAAGCCCUCCAGGAAACAAUCACCACCUUCCUCCUCGACCCCCGCAACCAUGACCUCCUCACAAUCCUCAAGGGCCUCCGCAACGGCCUCGUCUACGGCACCAAAGUGCGCUUCCCCCACGCCCUCGUCAUGGUGCUCCUCUUCCGCUCCGGCACCCUGCGCUCCAAGGCCUCGCAGAUCUUCACGGCCACGCGCACGCACGCCAUGAACCUGGGCCUGUUCGUCACGCUCUACAAGACCGCCAUGCUGGCGCUGCGGCACGUCAGCCCCACGGGCAAGGAGCGCAGCGCCGACAGCUUCGUGGCCGGCGCGCUGGGCGGCUAUGUCGUGUUUGGCCGCGGCGGUAGUGGUAAUAGUGUCAAUAUGCAGAUCGUGGUGUAUGUGUUUGCGAGGGUGGUGCUGGCGCUGGCGAAGCUGACGGUGAGUGAUGGCCCGCUGGGCGUGGUGAGGGGCGAGAAGGCGAGGGAGAGGGUGGGGAGGGUGGCGUGGCCGCUGUUUGCGGGCGGGAGUUGGGCGAUGGUUAUGUGGUUGUUUAGGUGGUAUCCCGAGGCGGUGCAGGGGAGUAUGAGGAGUAGUAUGGUGUAUUUGUAUGAUAAUGCGGAGACGUGGACGGGGAUUAGGGACUUUUUGAUACAUAAUAAAUAG